GCCGAUCUCCGUCGAAUAACCCUAUGGAGAUGAUUACCGAUAAAUGGGGACGCAAACUCUGCAUCUCCUCCUCUCCCGAAGAAUCCAUUGGUCCUUUCUUCUCGAACCCAUCAGUUUCUCAGCUUCUCUUCUCUUCUCCCUCACUCUCUCCUCCGAUUCUCUCUACUAUCCCUCACUUCUCUCCCGCGCGUUUUCUCUCCGUCUCCGGCGUCCCUCCGUCGGAUUCUUCCGCAAUCCAUUCCUCUUUCAAAAUUCUCAAUCCGCACGAUGAUACCGCUAGGGUUCUCUCCUACAAUCGCCUCCAGUUUCUACCUUUCCCUAGUAAAAAUUCAGUCUUGGUGUUUUUCCCCACAGGGACUAACCUUGAUCAAAUUGGGUUCUUGCUGCUUUCUACCGGAGAUUCCGGUGGUUUACAAGUCACGGGUUCGGACGAAGGUGACGUCUUUGUGGCAACAGAGAGAUUAUUUUCUCGAAUUUUGAAGAUUUUGGUGCAACCUGUUAGUGAUUUUGGAGCGUAUAAGUGUUCUUCUUCUGGCGAAUUGGGAUACGUUUUGGUUUAUUCUUUGUAUUCGAUUCAUUGGUACUGUGUCAAGUAUGAUGAAUCUCAAGGUAAGCCGGUUUUGAGAAACUUGGGGUCUAAGCAGUUUAAGAGGUUUAUGAUUGUGAGCGCUUCUUGGAGCCCUCAUGUUACUGGAGAGUGUCUACUCUUGUUAGACAACGGUGAGGUCUUUGUGUUUGAUUUGAAUCAGAGACAUUGUAGAGUUAGAGGUUGCAAACUGAGAGUUUCUUGGGAGAGUCAAGGGAAAUCAGUGAAUAAGAGUUGGUUAGGGUGUGAAUUUGGUUGGAGAGUUGGGGUUUAUAUCGUUGCUCGGUCUGAUGCAGUCUUUGUUAUUACCAGAAGCUCUGAGAAUUGCAGUGUGAGAUGUUUAUUGGAAGUUGAGAGUCUGAAUAUGGUUGAAACAGAAGUGUUUGUUGGGUUUGCAAAGGCGGGUAGUGACAGUUUUCGGUUUAUUCUUGCUUCCCAGAGCUAUGUAUUUCUCUGUGAUCCGAGAUCAGGAGUACCCUUGUUGAAAUGGCAGCAUGAUGUUGAGAAGCCUUGCUUUAUGGAUGUUUAUAGCUUGUCUGAACUCAAAGUUAGGACCGUUGAAUCAAAUACUUCUUGCGUCAUAAUUGGGUCGUUUUGGAAUGCACAAUCUCAGAUGUUCUGUUAUGGACCUUCUCCUUCUGUUGUGAAGGAUGCUUCUUCCUUGUAUGUAUGGGAGCUUCCACACAAUCUACUCUUACCUGUUGGAAAGUGUCUAUGCGGAGAUUGUGUAUUUAGAGAAGUGAUGAUGAAGGAGUCUCUUCCCGAGUGGAUCGAUUGGCAGAAAAAGAGUGUUCUUGUUCUCGGUUUUGGCGUUUUGAACAAGUACCUUCCACUUGGGUCAUCAGAUCAAUCUUCCGGGUUUACUUUGAUUCGGUUAACAUCCUCCGGUAAGCUUGAAGCAGUCAAGUUUCGAGCUUCUCGUUUAAAAAGUUUAGAAGUAGUAGCUCAUAAAGAUUCGGCCUGCAAAUCCGACGAGGUGAACUUACUGUACCUCCCUGAUGACGAGGAAUACAAAUUCCCGAGUCGAUAUGAAUAUCUCGAACUCAACUAUCUCUCUGCUCACGCAAAAGGGAUGCUCGCUGGGUUUUUAGAUACAAAGAUGAGGACAAAAUCAUCAGAUUUGCAGAAGAGUAAAUCUUUCAGCUUAAUCUGGCACGAGGAGUUAUGUAAGAAGUUGAAGAUUUGCGGAUUUGGUAGAGGCAGAUCUUCCUCUAGCAUAACCGCAGUCUUUGAGAAUAUCGAUUCACCGACAAGCGUUUUCGACAUUGCAUUGAGAGAAACCUGGUCAAGCUUACCUAUAGAGAUUUUGUUGCUUGCAUUCUCCAACUACUCUGAGUUUGCAGAUGUUCUGGUAGACAAGAAAAAACCGUCUCUCGAGUUCUUAGUUGUUCCAGAAUUCCCACAGUUACCACCUUUCUUGUUAAGGAAACCUUCAAGCCGGAGUAGCAAAUGGUCAAAGAAGGAGCAACCCGGUGUUGAGCUUGUUGGUCCUGUUCUUCCACUUCCAGUUCUCAUCACACUCCAUGAGUUCCGUAACGGAUGUCUCAAUUCAGAACAAGAGUUCUCGCCCGAAGCAGAGUUGUCUAACCGAUGCAAUCAAAUCUCCAAAGUAACCCGGGAGCUUGCAAACUCAGGUCGAGACGAGACAACCAUUUCACUUGACGAUGACCUAGACGAUGAAAUGUGGCCCAACAGUGAUUCACAGAAGGAGAAAAAGACGUUCAUUGCUUAUUGUCCGAUCACAAAGACAGCUGAUUCAGAUAGUCUACAGCAAGAAGUCACUACGUUUGUCUCCAGAAUGCGUCGUUGUAAAGAAGGUGAUGAUAAUGCUGGAGGAAGAACAGGGCUUGAACUGUUCGAUGAGUUGUCUCCGGUCGAGAUUUGCUUCGAAAAUCGGGAAGUGAAUUUCGACACUAAAGCUUUGCUAUCUUCCAAGACGUUUCUCUCUCAAUGGCAGCAUCGAUCAUCUUCAUAUCAAGAGUUUCUUUCUCAGUACCAUCUUAAAAAAUGAGAGAUAUCUCCCAGUCCCACGGCUUCACCCAUCAAUUUUGUAAUUUGAGGAUUAUCGUAGGUUUCUUGGUAUUCUUGUCUUGUAACCAAACUGGUACGUAAAUAUAUAUACAUCUAGAAA